AUGGUAGCAUCUUAUUUGUUGAAGGCUUUGCUGCCAGUGGCUGUUCUCACCAGCUAUGCUGCGGCAGAGACUUGUGCUGGUGGUGAAUGGGACGUCAUUGUCGUCGGUUCUGGUCCAGCAGGUAUCGUCGCAGCAGACCGUAUGAGCGAAGCUGGCAAGAAAACUCUACUCCUAGAGCAAGGUGGCCCAUCGUACUACGUAACUGGCGGUCGUGCUCGCCCGGAAUGGUUGAACGGGACUGAACUCAGCCGAGUUGAUGUGCCAGGACUCUACAAAUCAAUCUUCUCGAACUCGGGUGAGGGCAACCUGACCUGCGCAUCAGAUGUGGUCAACGCUUUCCAAGGAUGCACUGUCGGUGGUAACUCCGCCAUCAACGCUGGACUGUUCUUCCAGCCGCCCGCGAGUGAUUGGAACCGCUAUUUCCCAGAUGGCUGGAAGGACGCCGACAUGCAAUCCGCGAUUAAAAAGGUCAGGACGAAACAGCCGAGCACAGACAGCCCAUCCCAGGACGGCAAGCGGUAUCUGCAGAGCGGCUACGAGGCUGCGAAGCGAUGGCUUGUUGAUGGCGCAGGGUAUGCGGAUAUUGGCCUGAAUGACGGUAUCGAGAACCAUAACAAGACGAAGGUAUUCGGACAUCCCAUCUGGUACUAUGAGAAUGGUCAAAGGAGUGGGCCAGUGAAGACGUAUCUUCAAUCUGCGCUGAACAGAACGAACUUCUCUUUCCAGACUGGCACCAAGGUAUUGCGUGUCCGCCGAGAUGGCGGUGUAGCAACUGGUGUCGACGUUCAGACCAAUGGUGCAUCCAGUUCACACAAGAUCUGCAUCAAGAAGGGUGGAAUGGUCGUCUCUUCCGCCGGCGCACUUCUCAGUCCUCAACUGUUGAUGUGGUCGGGUAUAGGCGAAGCAGAGACUUUGAAGAACCUCUCUAAAAAUGGUCACGUUACCGUUCCUUCUCAAGAGUGGAUUAACAAUACCGCUGUCGGCAAUGGCGUCUUCGACAACCCAAACACCUUUAUCGAGCUGUAUUCCGACGAAAUCGCAUCAUACAGCUAUAGCUACUCAAACCCACCGCCGUCUGACGUUGAGCUGUAUCUCAACAACCGCUCAGGACCCUAUACAUUUGCUUCUCAAACGAGCGCGUUUUGGGAUUACAUCGAGCAGGGUGAUGAUGUAGUGGGUUGCCAAGGCACCAUUGACUCUGCUGGUGCGAUGGACCUUUUGGAAAACGGUACCAUUACACUCAACGUCUACGGUACCUCUGGUCUCCGGUCUGUCGGUCGAGUGAACUUGGACGUCAGGGGUAUCGCCCUUCCGAACUCAAAUUUCUACUCCGACCCCCGCGACGCAGCAGCAAUCGCCACAUUCGUGCACAACAUCUUCCAAGCUCUUCCUCCUACCCUCACACCACUCAACAUUGCGAAGAACUCCACGCUUGAGCAGAUUUCAACCUGGUUGACCACGCCAAGUGCUUAUACUCGUGGCAAUGUGCAGCAUUGGAGCAGCAGUUGCAGAAUGGAAUCAUGUGUUGAUGCAAACACGAAGGUGAUUGGUAUGCAGAACCUAUUCGUGAUCGAUGCAAGUAUUGUGCCGCCUCUUACUACCAACCCGGUCAUGGGUGUUAUGAUUGCGGCAGAAAGAGCAGUGGAGAGGAUAUUAGCGUUGGGCAGCAUCAUCAUGUCUAAUGACUCUGGCGCAAAGCACGCCUCGAACGGCAUCAACUUCACGCCGACUGAGCGUCACGACACAUAUUCUUACAUCAGCCCUACCAAGUCCAACCUUUCGGGAAAACAUGUCCUGAUCACUGGUGCUUCCAAAGGCGUCGGCCGCGCUACAGCCAUCAGCUACGCAAAAGCAGGUGCAUCCUGCAUAGCCCUCGGCGCGCGAUCCUCACUAUCCGAAGUCGUCUUGGAAGUUCAAUCUGCAGCCAAAGACGCAGGUCAUUCGCAACCACAUGUCUUGGCCCUGAGCCUCGAUGUCACCAGUAAAGACAGCGUAGAUGCUGCAGUGAAAGAAGUGGCCGGGAAGUUUGAGGGAAGACUUGAUGUUCUUAUCAACAAUGCAGGAAGUCUCACCCCCUUCGCCGGAGUCCCAGAAUCUGACCCCGAAGCCUGGUGGAGCGACUACGAGGUCAGUGUCAAAGGCCCUUAUCUCGUGACCCGCGCAUGUUGGUCUCUACUCCUCGCUGGCUCCAAAAUCAUCAUAAACCUUACAUCCAUCGGGGCUCUCAUGAUCGUUCCGCAAAGUUCAUCCUACGGACCAGCGAAACUAGCUUCUCUGCGCCUCACAGAGUUCAUUGCCCAAGACCAUGGUGAGGGAAAAGACGGCAUGGUAGCUAUUGCUGUGCAUCCUGGCGGCGUGCAAACAGAACUUGCUUUGAAAAUGCCGGGGCAUAUGCAUGAAUGGCUUGUUGAUACACCAGAAUUGGGAGCGGACACAUUGGCUUGGUUAGGAAUUGAGAGAUACCAGCUAGGUUUAGCCUGGUUCUUCAUUGUCGUUGAGUUGUUCCAAUACCUUCCUACCAUUCUACUUUAUCUCAACCGUGUUUUUGUCUUGCGGCGACCCAGAAGACAAAAGCUUCAUCUCGAAGGCGAUGAUGUUCCAGCGGUAGCUGUACUCAUUACCGCGUGUGGGGAGGAUAACGACACCAUCCUCAAUGUUGUCAGGGCUGCAUGCGAGACAGAUUGGCCAUUGAAUCGCCUCAAUGUGAUCUUGUGUGAUGAUGGUCGGUCGAGGGAUCUGGAAGAAAGGAUGUUACAUGUAUCGCGGCAGUACCCACACGCACACUAUACGAGUCGUGAGAAGCCAGAGGUACCAGAUUAUAAAGCGGGUAAUCUCAAUAACGGGCUAAAUUUUAGCGCAAAGCUCACAGACUUCCCCUCACCAUUCGUCGCAGGCUUGGAUGUCGACAUGAUAGUCCAACCAAAUUGGCUACGCGCCAUGAUGCCACAUCUUCUCAACAAUCCCAAGAUGGGGAUGACAUGCCCACCACAGUACUUUUGGAACAUUCCGCUCGACGAUCCAGUGCGACAAGAUCUCGAUUACUUCUAUGCCAUGACGGAGCUUAUUCAUGAUGGGCUCGGCGCAGGCGAUUGCGUUGGGUCCGGGUAUCUGGCGCGUAGGGAAGCAAUAGAGGACAUUGGUGGCUUUCCUACAUACUCGAUCAGUGAGGACACUGCUUGUAGCUCCAUGCUCCUCGGCAAAGGCUGGUCAGUAGCUUAUAUCGAUGAGUAUUUGCAAUGCGGUGAGAUGCCGGAUACUCUGUCUGGUCAUAUCAAACAGCGGACGAGAUGGACCAUUGGGAAUGUUCAAACAGCGUUCAAGAUCAACUUUCGCCUUUGGGGCCCGACUGUCCCCUUCUGUAACGCCCGCCAACGCCUCGCCGGCUACGUUUUUGGUGCAGGAUCUGUGGUGAACAGCGCGCUUAACUGGCUGGGUUACAUCGGUCUUCCACUUGCACUACUAGCUGGCUAUCCUUUCGUAGUCUACUACGAGCGCUGGCAACUCGCUUGGCUUCUGCGACUCGUCUGCAUUUGGAUUUUUGCUGAUACGGCGCACAAGAUGAGUCUGGCGUUGUUUGUUGGGUAUCGGGACGCGAUGCGCUGGGAUCAAGCCGACGUUUGGCUGAUUCCAUACUAUACGCUCUCUCUUGUUCGUGGUAUGGUACUUCCGACACGCUUCGGUGGGACAAAGCCUGGAUUCACGCCUAGUGGAAGCCUCUCUCUGGAGAUCAAAGAACGUGGGCCGAGGCCUUCGGGCUUUUUCAGCCGCUUACGUGCGAUACUAUUCCAACAGAUGGUCUGGAUACACGUCUGCUUCAUUCUGGCUUGCAUCCUCGGUGUGGUACUUAACAUUGUACGUUGCUUCGACCCGGCAGCUCAAAUCAGCACUGCGUACUCGGCGGCUGAGCUCGUCCUCUCAGGCCAUGAUCGAUGGGUAUUUCUGCUUACCAGGAUCGGAUGGCCGCCGGUGUGGUGGCUGGGGCAGCUGGCCAGCUGUUGGAUUCCGGUAUAUUACCUGAUCUGGCCACCGAACGAAGUCACCGCCGACGAGGCAUUGCAACUGGAUGAGAAACGUGGCGUACGAUACCCGAAGAAGGAAUACUCCCGCCCACGGAGGACGAAGAUGGGAAGACCUACCGACCAUCUGACUACGGUGGUGUUUGUGUAUUCGGUUGUGUGUUUCGCUGGGUCAUUUUAUGUCUAG